AUGAACAAUGAUGCGUUGACGGAGAUUCUCUUGCAUCUACCUGUCCAAUCCCUCUCCAGAUUUAGAGAUGUUUGCAAAUUUUGGGGUGGCGUCAUCGAUUCUUCAUAUUUCCGAAAUCUGCACUGCCGCAACAAUAACAAAUCAGAUGACACGGGAUUAAGGUUAACAUUACCGUAUAGAGGUGAUGAUCGAGUUUCGGUAUAUGGGCCAGUUAAGGGUCUAAUCAGCAUCUACUGCGCAAAACAUAUUUCGCACAUAGGGGUCCAAUUACCAUGCUAUCCAUGCAUCUUUAGUGUGCCCAUCGCCGUAUGCAACCCUUUUCUAGGCCAACUUAAGCUUCUCCCAAUAAUCACUUCCAACAUCUCGUGUACCGUACCUUGGCGCUCAGUUGCAAUUGGUUACAGCGAAGAUGAUUUAAAAGUGGUGCAGUUGUCGUGGUGCCAUACACACCUUGAUAUCCAUGCCCAUUUGUAUUCAAGAAACACGGAUUCUUGGAGGGAGUUGCCUGUUGAUGAAGAUUUUGGAACAUUCAGGAUUGAUCCCAUAAAAUCGGUGUGCGAGAAUGGCCACUUUGCGUACUGGCAUGUGUAUUUUACUGAGUCAAAGAUAAUAUCUUUUGAUAUGAAGAAGGAAGUGUUAAGUACUAUUAAGUUGGAUAAUGGUCUUCCUGAUGGGGUUUCAAAACGGGCUUAUGUUAGGAGUCCUAUUUUUGCAGAAGAUGAGCACUCAUUUCGGCGCUUUCAUUUCGACGAUGAAUUGGUUCAUAUUUAUGAGACGAGAUGUGACGGAAGCAAAUUAUGUUGGAAUUUUGUGAUGAAAGUGGAAAUUCCUGUGAUAGAGAUAAUGCCUCGAUGGAGGACCGGCUUUGUUGUUAUCGGGAAUUGGACUGGCGAAUCAUUUGUGUAUGAUUAUCGCGAACGUAAAUUCAUCUGCAAGCUACCCAAGGGGUUAUGGAUUGAGGGCAGAGGUAGUUUUGAGUCACUUGAGAAAGUGAAUUGGGUGUACUAUGCGUGGACUUUGAGAUUUUGUACUCCCCCGUCCCGUUUAAGAUGA